CCACGGUCUCGUGUUGGCAAGCUACCCCAAUUCCUGAAGUUCGCGCAUACGGUUGACUCUAUCGGUGCUGCUGCUGCUCCUACAUACGUGCACGUCUGAUUUGUAUCGACCUGCCCAGUCCCCUGGCGACGACCAAGAUGGGCUAUCCUAGGGCUUUCCUAGCUGUGAUCUCUUGUCUUGUCCUGCUCGUGGUCGUCCUCAAUCGAUCAAACCCACCGAAUCGCGAGGAACCGCCUGCAUCGCCUCUUUCGGAAUCGGAUGUCGACGUUUUGACCAUGCAUUGGACAGACGACCUCAUUGAGGCUGAUCCGCGCUUGGAGGACCAAAACAACUACACGUCGCGGACACCCAUUCCUCUCGUUAGCCGGGAAGUUCUCAACAAGCUUCAGCGCGUGGGUGCAAGUACUAUAGACGACGACAGUGACGAUCGGAUCGGCCAAGGAGACCACCGCUACUCCUCUCCUAGACAACAUCGCUGGCCGCCAAUCGUCACUGCGCUCCCAGAGGCACGCGCCUCCGCCUCGUACGGUCGCCAGAAGGCUGGCACGCCGGCUGCAUCCACCGACAACGCAAUAGAUGCCCAAUUCUGUGGAAGGGCGCCCUGCAGACUCCUCGUUCCACUCUUGGUUACCGAGCGCGCCGAGCCGAAGGUGCAGGAGCAGCUUCUCCAGAUCCUCGCACUGGCCAGGCAGUUGAACCGCACGGUCGUCCUUCCGAAUGUGGGCAAGGGGCGCAUCGGUACCUGCCUUCGUUGGGACUUCGACACAUAUUUCGACAUAGCUUCGACCGCGCGCUGGAGCGGAGAACGCGUCAUGAUGAUGGACGACUUCCGGACAUGGGUCGAUAUGCGUUUGCAAAGUCCGACGACUCAGGUCGUCACCGUAGACGAGGGCGCCACAGACGCCGUCGGGAGGGUCGAAUACAGCCCGACGAUACUGGAGAAGGCGAUGAAGAACAUGCGCUGCUUCAAGACCAGGUUUCGGUCUCUGAAACUCGACGACGUAGGAACAACGUCUGUCCACCUAUCACUGGCCGGGGAUCUGCGAGCUGUCCCUGGCGAGGCUGCUCUGCUGGUCGGAACUCUGGACGACAGACUUGAUCCUCCAGGCUCUGAUGGAAGCGCUCUCGCAUCGUCUUCCGAGCUGGCUGCGGAUGAUGCCUUGACUUUCGCUACAGGUGCUACCCACCCACUAAAGCUAGUCACUGCGCAUCCUCUGCAUAACGAAGCGGACAUCCUCCUCCUGCAUUGGGACGUACACCACGAAGUCUUCCCCACCUCGCAGACCGCGUCGAUCGACUACUCACCUAGGCUCUGGGCUCUCGCAGACAAAAUGACGGAAGACCUGCAACCAUACCUCGCUGUACACUGGCAUACUGACAAGCUGCCGCCCGCCGUCUUGACCGCCUGUGCCGAUGCCCUUGUCGACAUGCUAGACAUCCUGUUGCAUAAUGAGUCGGUCAACUAUGGUAUUCGAACUGUGUAUUUCUCGUCGGAUUUUCCGCUCCUAGAGAAUCCAAAGGAGGGGCAGAAGAGGCUGUUGUAUAUGCAUCAAGAGGCCGGUAAAAUCAUACGAGGUGCAUUCGCGCCCGGCGGAGAGCUGCAACGUUGGUCGCUGGAGACGAAACAGGGCUUGGUCAGGAAAACGCAUGGCACCACAGGUGCUGUCGAUGAAGACCAGCUCCCGCUGGACGAUGCAGGUGUACAAGACAUGCUUGCCAUGACCAUAAGCAUGAAGGCGGCCUUGUUCGUCAGUAGCACGAAAGGAUGCGGUCCAGUAAGCUCGAUAGCAAAGCAGGUCACCGACUUCCGAGCUCGCGUGGAGAAUCACAAGGCGAUAAGGAAUGUUGCAAGUGGGUUCGGAUAAGACGUACAGCUCAAUGUAAUGCAGAGGAAAGCAUCGUGAAUAGCAU